AUGAGAGGCAAUAACAACGACGGUGACACUGCCAACGAGUCGCUUGGCGACGAUGUCUUCUCGCAGACUAUCGACAAGCUUCGCGAGCUCGGCAUCGCCGAUCUACCAGGACUCCAAGGAGGUCGGAAGGAGCGUCUAAAGAAAUUCAUGUAUUCUGUCGAGAAGGACGACCUCGCGUUGGCGGAUGUCUUUGCACAGGCAAACGAAGCCAUGGGACUUCGCGGUGUCGGUGGUGGAGAUGAUUGCAAGCUUUCGACCUUCGCCGAAGACGUUCUCAAGAUUGAAAUCAGUGGUCCAGAUCAACAUCAUUUGACCGUCAUCGAUGUCCCGGGUAUUUUCCGCACUGCUACGAAGGGCCUGACUACCGACAAUGAUAUCGUGCUGGUCAGAAACAUGGUGAACAGAUAUAUCAAAGACCAGCGCACUAUCAUCCUGUCAGUCAUCCCUUGCAAUGUGGAUGUCGCAACUCAGGAGGUUCUUACCCUCGCGAAACAAGUCGACCCAGAGGGACUUCGAACCAUGAGUGUUCUCACCAAGCCCGAUCUAGCCACCGAGCGCGCCACUCAGCAGAUUGUAUGCGAGCUCGUGGAGGGUAAACGCCAUUCUCUCCGCCUCGGAUACUGCGUAGUGAAGAACCGCAGCGCAGAUGACGAUUUUUCGACAAUGACUGAUCGGAACUCAUCAGAGAAGUCGUUCUUUUCUGCCAGUCCUUGGGCGAGACUCAGAUCAUCCAAUCGGGUGGGAGUCAACAGCCUCGCCGUCCGUCUUCGCGACUUGCUGCGCGACAUUUCCAAUAAAGAGUUCAAGAACGUCAAAGCUGAGAUCUACAGUAUGCUCAACCAGAACGAGGCCGAAUUCAAGCGCAUGGGUCCUUCACGGGCUCGGCCGGAUGCCCAGCGACGGUACCUUGGGCAGAUUGCAUCUGACUUCCAGGAGGCUGAUCUUCGAGCACGCGACGGUCAUUAUAGCGGAAUGGAUAUUUUCGAUCAGAAUCCGAAACUACGACUCAUCACAUCCAUUGUCAAUCACAAUGAGCAAUUCAACAAGGUCUUUGUCCUGCGUGGUCACACGAGAAAGUUUGAGGGACCAGCCGAGACGGAGUUCGGCCCAAAUACUCCGUUGAAUGUCGAUACAAUCACCAACCCAGACGAGGCUCUCGGCGGAAUUCUUGUUUUUUAUGAAUCCCGUAAUGCCGAACUUGGUUCAUUUCCGGGCUCAAUGUUAGCGCAAGUCUUCAAGGAGCAGACCAAGAAGUGGGAGCCGCUGGUCCUGAAACAUGUUAGCCAGGCGAUCAUGAUUGUCCACGAGUUCAUCGGUGCUGCACUGCGACUCAAGUGUACCGACGCCAACACUUUCGAUGAGUUGCACGACCACUUCCUGUUGCCCAAGCUCCGUGCUUCGUAUCAACGAGCUUUAGAACACGCCCAAUUCCUCAUCAAUGUCGAGCUUAGCGGACAACCCUACACCAUGAAUCACUACUUCAACAUCAAUCCCCAAAAGUCCCGGGCUAUCAGACUCAAGGAAGCGAUCAACAAGGCCAUUGGUCCAGCAGCGAUACGCAAUGACCACGGCCAUACUCUCUGCUUGAGCAGUCCGAGCAGUAAGUCGGGAUUGGUCAUCGGAAAUACCGCUUCCAGAGGGGCUGAGGUGCAGGCAGCGGAAAACAACGGAAAUCCCUUCGAGUUUACUACAUUAAAAGGCACUGAGUCUCUCAGAGCUGCAGGCUGGUGGGUAUCAAAGUCCAUGCUGCCCAAGCUUACAACGGGUCGAUCCAAUGUCGAGCAGGUCAGAGAGGAUAUCCAUGACACCCUUCACAGCUACUACAAGAUCGCUCGCGAGCGCUUUGUUGAUGUCGUACUGCAGCAGGCCGUAUUUCACUUCUUGCUCGAUGCCAAGACGGGACCUCUCAAGAUCUUCACACCUGACCUGGUCAUGGGCUUGGAUAACAAGCAGCUGCAGAUGAUUGCCGGAGAGGAUGUGGCGACGCGGAAUAGACGCGAUAUCCUCACGAGAGAUACCGAGAACUUGAAGCUGGCGAUGGAGGAACUGAGAAUGUCCAAGUAA